GAAAACCGGAAGUUUUGUGUCUAGCCGUUAAUGAGUUGAAGGUGCUAAACCGGGGAACUCACUCGGCUACUUGGAUGAGGAAUGAAGUACUUGUAGCCAACCGUUCCGACGUCUGCAGGACUUCCUCCUCUCAUCAUUAGAGUCAGCACCAUGGCUGGCUUCAGGCAGGAAGAUGUUGAGCUCUAUUAUGAGAUGGGAGAAGAGCUGGGCAGCGGACAGUUUGCCAUCGUCCGGAAGUGCAAGGAGAAGAGCACGGGUGACGAGUACGCAGCCAAAUUCAUCAAGAAGCGCCGCCUGUCGUCCAGCCGGCGCGGGGUAAGCCGCGAGGAGAUUGAGCGCGAGGUCAACAUCCUGCGGGAAAUCCAGCACAGCAACAUCAUCACCCUGCAUGACAUCUUCGAGAACAAGACGGACGUGAUCCUGAUCCUGGAGCUCGUGUCAGGUGGAGAGCUGUUCGACUUCCUGGCUGAGAAAGAGUCCCUGACCGAGGAGGAGGCCACGCAGUUCCUCAAGCAGAUCCUGGACGGAGUCCACUACCUCCACUCCAAGCGCAUCGCCCACUUUGAUCUAAAGCCUGAGAAUAUCAUGCUGCUGGAUAAGAACGUUCCCAAUCCCAGGAUCAAGCUCAUUGAUUUUGGGAUCGCUCACCAGAUCAAAGCUGGAAACGAGUUCAAGAACAUCUUUGGAACUCCAGAGUUUGUGGCGCCAGAAAUAGUCAACUAUGAGCCGCUCGGCUUGGAGGCAGACAUGUGGAGUAUCGGAGUGAUCACAUACAUUCUACUGAGCGGUGCGUCACCCUUCCUCGGCGAGACCAAACAGGAGACUUUGACCAACAUUUCUGCUGUCAAUUAUGACUUUGACGAGGAGUAUUUCAGCAACACCAGCGAGCUGGCCAAGGACUUUAUACGCCGCCUGUUGGUCAAAGAUCCAAAGAAGAGGAUGACAAUUGAUGACAGUCUUGAGCAUCCCUGGAUUAAGGUGAUUAAAAGGCGCAACGUGCGCCAGGAGGACAGGGAUCACAAAACGGAGCGUCGGCGCCUGAAGACCACUCGGCUGAAGGAGUACACCAUCAAGUCCCACUCCAGCAUGCCUCCGAACAACACUUACGUGAACUUCGAGCGCUUCUCCCAGGUGCUUGAGGAGAUUGCUGCAGCUGAAGAGGGCCUGAAGGAGCUGGAGCGCAAUCAGCGCUCAUGCCAAGAGGAUGUAGCAGCACUGCUGUCCAUCUAUGAGGAGAAAGAGGGCUGGUACAAGGAGGAGAACCAGAGCAUAUCCGCCGACCUGAGCCACAUCCGACAGGAGCUUCAGCGCACGCAGACCCAGCGAAGGAAGUGCCAGGAGGACGCCCGGCUCACCAUGCAGUCUGCCAACAACCUCAAGCGCAAGUUCGGACGACUGGAAAACCGCUACGAGUCGCUGGCCGAGCAGGUGGCCUCUGAGGUCCGCUGGGUGGAGGAGCUGCUCAAGUCUAUGUCCGCAGAGAGCGAUGUGCUCGGAUCUGGCAGCGUUCCCUGAGCUGAGCCGUCGUCCAGCGAAAGCAUUUUCUCUCAAAAGCUUCAUCCCGCCCUUCUGCUCUGCUUGUGCUCGGAGGAGAUAAAUGCAUCAGUAACUUCCACGCGCUUUGCUGCUGCUGCAUAUUGGAAAAAUCUUUCUCUACUUUUAUUCCGAUGGGGAGGACAAGAACCCGAGACAAACAUGUUGAAGCCACUUUCACAGAAGAAGGCUCCAUUCUGUUUUUAUACAUUAAUUUAUGAUUUUAGAUUUUUCAACGUACUGUAGUUCAGCUGUGGAAGGACAUGAAAAUGCUUUCCUUUUAUUAUUCUUUGCCUGUUUUAUUAUUUUAAUAACCAGCUUUUUUCUUCUUCUUUUUUUACCCUUUCUUUUCCUGUAAUGUGUCAUCGGUCACUUUUAUCAGAAAUCUUCACAAUAUAUGUUGAUUAUUAGAUAUCGGAGGGAUUCAGGGGUAUUUAUUCAUGCAGUUACAUGCAUGUUGGAUUUAAAUUGUCCCAGUUGUCUGCACAGAGUGUCGAUGCAAUAAAAUAUAAAGCCUCAGCACAGAAAAUAAGAGCUUUAGGGUAACACUGUACUUUACAUGUAGUUUGAUUUGGCCUGCUAGCUACUGAAACAGACUAGAUAGAAUAGACUGGACUUCUAUCUUUCGAUCACAUUCUGUUCUACAUCUCAUUGGUGCCAAAUUAUUUAUUGGAGCAGGAAAUACCUUGAAAUACAUUGAAUGUUACAGUAGACCAUUACCUGAUUUGGGAAUGUAUAAAUUAGCCUUUGCAGUGCCUGAAAACAGAUCAACCUCAUCUGGAGCAUCCAGCUGCCAUCAUCUUAGUCAUUUCAGUAUCAUACUUACAAAAUGCUAAUAAGUCUUAAAAUGCAACAUUUUUUUGCACAGUAGCCUUGUAAACCAAACGGUGUGCAUGGAAACCUUCUUUCUGUACAAACAGUGUAGCUUCGCAUUCAUGCUGGUACACUUCAGACAUUCCAUCGAUGGCUUUCCCAUCCAGCCACCACAUUCCCUGUGCAUAUUAGGAAGGGUAGUAUUUUUCAGUAGAGAAAUGUACUUGUUUGCACUUAUAAAGCAAUUUCAGAAUCUAUUUUAAUCUGUAUUCAGAGUUAAAAACUGCAAGUCUUUCUGCAACGGUUUCAAAUAAAGGAAUGUAAACAGAU